GAUAAUACACCUUCUUUAUAGUUUUAACCAGAAUAAUCAACUGAAAUGUAUUUUAGAACAAAAUAUUAAAUAUCUGUACACAUAAAGGAAAACAACGAAAAUUAGUUAAGAUGAUUCGUUACAUCUUACUUUUCAGUCGACAGGGAAAAUUGCGCUUACAGAAAUGGUACAACGCAAUGCCGUUAAAGGAAAAGAAAAAAAUUACUCGUGAUUUAACAACUAUGAUAUUGUCAAGAAAACCGAAAAUGUGUAGUUUCCUGGAGUACAAAGAUUUAAAAGUAGUGUACAAGAGAUAUGCAAGUUUAUUUUUUUGUGUUGCAAUUGAACGUGAUGAUAACGAACUACUGGCAUUGGAAAUUAUACAUAGAUAUGUUGAAGUACUAGAUAAAUAUUUUGGAAAUGUCUGUGAAUUAGAUAUUAUUUUCAAUUUCGAAAAGGCAUACUAUGUGCUGGAUGAGUUAAUUCUUGGUGGUCAGAUUCAAGAGACAAGUAAAAACACUGUUUUAAAAGCAAUUGCACAACAAGAUUUGGUGCAAGAGGAUGGUGAGGUUCCUACGUUAAAAAACGUCCUCGAAGAGCUCGGACUGUCUUAAACAAACUGUGCCUUUACAUGAUCUUUUUUUUUUAUUUAAUUUUGACUUGAGUAACGAUUCCCAGCGCUUUCACUAAGUGAAUAUUUAUUUGCUUUUGGUUGGUUGUUAUUUAUUAUACAUUCGUUACCAGGCUGUCGCGUGCACGAAACCGUUUUAAAAGAAUUUUGUUGUAAUUUUCUGUUGUAAGACUGCCCUGGUAACGAACUUGUGUUUAUUAUUUGACUUAUUUAUUUUGCUGUUCUGUUUUUUUUAUUUAUCUAAGCCUGCUAGGUCGAGUGAUUUCGACUCUAUUUAUACAUGUGCUGUUUGCUUUACUAUGGAUAAUAAAGGACGCUUUUGAUUCAAAAGUUUUAGCUGUUCGAGUAAAAAAAACUUGCAUUUCGUAUGAAAAUCUACAUGACAGACACAGUUUUAAACUGUUGAACGAUGUGUCACCAGAAUUUCACGAAAAUAGAGAAAUAUGGUUCUGUUUCUUAUGUUCGUAAGCGACACUAGGUUAAACUCUUAAACAAUGCCUCAGCCUUAGUUUUGAAAAUGUACCACUUCUUACUAUCUUGCGUAAUAAUUGAAUAUUUCUUCGAAAAUUUCGAAGCAAUAUUUAUUUGUCGCUAGAAAGAAACCCAGCCGCAUUCUAAAUCAUUUUUUAUCAACAUUUUAAUAUCCGAACUUCCGUCUAUGAGCUAAAGCCAUGAUGGCUGCGUUUAGCAACAAGAGAUUUAUGAGAUAUUUCAGCGGUUGGAUUUUUGUUACGAGCUUAAAACUAGUAUAUAGUAUUUAAAAUUAAAAACCCCGACUCGAAGAUAGACUUUAAAUAACAAAAUAGUUGUAAAUUUAGAUUAAUUUCGUGAAAUUAUUCUGCUGUUUACUUUAGGGAUUCUUUUGACUUCUUUCUUCUUGUUGUUUUUUUCUUUUAUAAGAAUAUGCCUCAUAAGAAUAUUAGGUUAAAAUCAAUAGGUUUAUUGUUUUAGACAAUAGAGAAAUGCUUGGUUAGAAUUUUGAUAGUCUUAUAAAAGGAAAGACGUAUUGCAUAUAAUCAUACUAAGUCGUAUUGUUGCUUGUUCUGCUUCUGUUUUUGUUGAGUAUAUAAUUCAGAUUUGGUUUAUUUUUGGGUUAGGGUGUUACCCUCUCAUGAAAGAGCUGAAAUCACUAUUUUGUAAACAAAUUUUUUCUUUUAGCAAAAUGAGUAUUUUUCUGACUCAUUAUAUACCAUUACGUUUAGUUGUCAGCGAUAAAAUAUUCAAACUGGCAUUAAGUUGUUUUUGUUUGUUUUCUCGCGCUGUUUGCAUAACUAUUUUCAUAAACCAAAACACGCAGGAUCGUGUUGUUAAUGUUGCCAUAGCAACAUAUGACAGCAAAACGUUAGAGAGUGACUUUCGUACCAUAAAUGGAAAGAUGACGUCAUGCGAAAUAAACAGUUAUUAAAUUUAAUCGCUUAUUAAUUUUCCAAAGUUAUGCCCCGUAAAGUAUUUACACAAGAUUUCAUAUAUUUCACUUUCUCAAGCUUGAAUCAAUGACCUUUUAUACACUUGCAUUUUAAGAAAAAGAACUUCCAACUAAACAUACCCUUGUUCACGGUAGAAAGUGCAGAUACAUAAAAAAAGGAAGCAAAGCCACGUCUUUUGUGCAAAAACCCAAGCCCAAUGUCCAUUUUUUCCCGAUAAAGUCUUCCAGUUGAAACGGGAUAACCUUAAAUCAAGUGAGAACAAUAUACUACACACUCGGAUCAUUAGAGGGUCCAAUUUUUAAAAUUGAAUAUGAAAUGUUUGUUUUUUGUAUGAUAACGAUCCAUUUCGUCGAAUUUGACAAAUCGAAUUGUGUAUUUUUGCCUUUAAGAUAUAAUUCUUUUGUGUCAUAAUCUAUUAAAACUGAAAAAGAGUCCUGAGGACGAAGUUGGGUUGGUGUUGCCAUUAAAUAUCGUGUCUUAAGAUCUUUUCGAUUUCAUUUAAAUUUACUUGAUCCGAUAUUUUAGUAGUAUGCUACAAAAAAUAUAAAUCCUAAAUGACUUGAUAAACAAUUUCUAAUCCUCUUUAGGCACACUAAUAUAAUUUUUAGCUUUUUGUUUUUACGGGUAUACAAGAUAUACAAAAAGAGGCAACGGGCCUUGGGAUCCAGGUUGAGAGAAUUCCUUAAUGGUCCCAAAUUAUUAAACGUAAAAUCUAUUUAAAAAAAUCAGAAGGAAAAUGUCCAAAGUUUUUGGAAUAUGCGCUUGUGAUUUUUGUAAAGAUUGAUGCAUGCGCACGCAAAAAAAAAUAGGAAAAAAAAUUAUUUCAAUGUUCAGCGUUCUCGCUGAUUAUGGGGUUUCCCUUUUUUUUUUGCAUGCGCAUGCGUGUCAAGCUCGAAAACUGGUUCGACGUUCGUCUCAGGCAUUUGAAAAGAGAAGGCGACAAAGUAAGGUGAAAAGAGUACUCCAACUUGAAGUCUAAAAUUUUUUAUCUUAUUAUAUCUCCUCAAUACCUAACAUAGUAGCAACUACAUUAAAUAAAUUACUUAGUUUGGAAGUUUAAAUAUUCUUAAAUAAAAUUAGUAAGAGUGUUUUAAGAACACUUUCUUAACUCAAAAGGUUGGAAGUUUGGUCUUCACUGCUGUAAGAAGACUCAAUGGCUUCCACUGUUGCAGUCGUGAAUAACCAUGCAGAUGGCAGUGU